AUGUCCCAAACCUGCAAGUACAGCAAGAAGGAAGUUACUGACUGUGACGAGGAAAGCAACACCUUCACCAUCACCAAACAGCUGAGGGUGGGAGACCCCGCCAUCUGUAAGGAGCAGAUCGUGAAGACCAAGAGAUGCAAGAAUGGAGAUGAGGAGGGGAAGGGGGCACGCAAGGCAGAGAAAAAGGCAGCCCGCAAGGCAGCUAGAAAGGAGAAAAAGGCCAGGAAGCAGGCUGAAAACGGAGAAGCAGCAACUCCUAAAGGACCAUGCCAGUACGGAUCCUGGAGUGAGUUCGGGGAGUGCGUGGACAACAAGCAGACCAGGACCCGUCCUAUCAUGUCUGGUGCCGAGAAACGCAAAUGCCAACAGAGGGCUACUCAAGUCCGCAACUGUUAGUCUACAACAGUUUAGCAUGUCGGCAGAACGUACUGCACCUGUGUGAAAUCCAUAAAUGUGCAUAGCACUUUGGCAGAACAUCACAUAUAAGGUCGUAUUCGCGCAUAUAUUUCCGCCUGUAGUUUUCAAAUGUUACGUCGGAAAAAUAUCCUCUGCAACAGGCAAAAUUCUAAUGCAACGUUGACUAAACAUCCAAUGAAAAUUGUGAAAAAUCAGUAUUUCGCGCAGGCGCAGUACGUUCUGCUGACGUGCUCAACAGUCUGCUCUGUAGAGAGUUGCAGAAGUUGUCAUCUAGACUGGUGUUUGACAUCGGUAAAACAGGGGAUCAACAUCUAGAGGAUUUUGUGUUAUACAAAUAUAUACCAAGUGUUUCUAAAAAGCUUUGUGCACAAGAUAUUUGUUGGCACAGUUGUUUGUGUAAAGAAUUCUGUCACAGUUUAGUUGUAGUGGAGUUUGACUUUUAAAGAAGUUGUUUGUCAGCCAACCGUAUGCAGUACUACAAUGUAUCUGAUCAAGAAGGUUUUAUGUCGUCAUUUCUCCUGAAGUAAAAUAAAGCAUCAGUUGUUUGUUUGUUCCAAGUCAAUGUUUUAUUCACUACUAGAUAUUGUAUAUGUAAGUUUUUGAGAUUACAUGUACUUUGUAUUGUAACCAGGAUUAUAGCCAGAAAGAGAGGUAGUUGGAGAUGUUGUGUCAGAGUUUUAGAACUGAGUUGUUGUUUUAAGUCGGACAUAAAAAUGUUCAUCUUUACCAGGACAAUAGCCAGAAGGAUGGUAGUUUAGAGAUAUUAUGUUGUGAUAAGAAAAUGGU